AUCCAUUGCCAGCAAUUUGACGAGCCUUCCAUCCACCCUGGUGCAACUCAGCUCCACACUAACUGCUCUUCACUUGGGUUUUAACCGCCUUACAGGAACCUUCCCUUCCACUGUCACUCGUCUGCUGCAGCUGCGCACACUCAACCUUGCUAACAAUCAGCUCACAGGGAAAAUCCCCACCGGCCUUGCCAAACUCUCUCACCUCGCCUUCCUACGCUUGGAUGGCAAUCAGUUUACAGGCCCCAUUCCCUCACAGCUCUACUCCCUCACCAACAUCUCGUACCUUUCUCUCCAUUCCAACCGCCUAUCAGGCAGCAUUGCACCGCAAGUGCCAUUUGAGGCGCCCCAAAACAAUCCUCCUCACUCCUCCUUUCUCAAACGGGAUUUGAGAGACAACAUGCUGACGUCAUCCAUCCCGUCCACCCUGCCAUCAUGUGUCAAGCUGCUCUGGCUAGCUAUUGUAGUGGCACUUGUUUCUCGGGCUAUCAUCAUCAUCAUCCCUUCCUCUUCUCAACCCUCUCAGCUCUCGUCCUUCCUUCCCUCCGUCCCCAACGUCCCGCUAUCGAUAUUCUUUCUCCCCCUCCCCACCCACCAUUAUCCCUCUCAGCUAUCUGAGCAACAAUCGCCUCACAGGCUAAUAGAUUCCAACCGCCUUUCUUCCACGCUGCCUGCCGCCCUCUCUGCUCUCUCGCUCCUCUCCCACCUUCUCACCAGCCCCGUCCCUCCCAUUCUCUGUGCCUUAUUGUCCCUCUCUGCCUCUCUCCACCCCUCUCUACCCCUCUCUGUUCCGUCCCCUUCCCUUAACCUCCCAGCAACAACACUCUCACCGUCCCCAUCCCCCCCACCCUCAGCACCCUCACUGCCCCUCUCUGCCUCCCUCCACCCCUCUCCACCCCUCUCUCUUCUGUCCCCUUUCCCCUUCCCUCACACCAGCGAUGCCAGCAACAACACUCUCACCGGCCCCAUCCCUCCAGGCCUUGGUGAACUCUCCUACCUUGCCUACCUGUAA